CCCGUAGAUUUACCAGUAUGGCGGUCAGUACAGCUCGGGUUUUCGCCUCUCUGAUACCGGCCACCGGCGGCGUUUGCGGAAAUAUGGAUGAAUUAGAGCUCAAUUACACGACAAAACGGGCCUCUUCACCGCCGUGGAGCACGGCGAGGCGCGUGGAGGUGACGGGCAGCGCGGAACUGAGCUCUCCGCCUGACAGAGCCUCCCUGGCCGUCUCUGUGAUUAGCAGCAAAGAAAGCGUUAACGAUGCGGCCAACAGUGUGACUCGCCGCCUGGAGUACAUCCUACAAACCGCCAGACAGCACGGAGUUAAGGAAGAGGACACGGUUGUGACAAAACAUAUUCAAAGAGAUGGCGACCUGUACCGCAUGCAAGCUGAGGUGAGUGUGGUGUUUUCAGACUUUGAGAAGAUGGAGUGUGUGCGCUCUGUGCUGAUUGAAAAGCUGGAUAAAAGUGUGUGUGUUGGGGACCCUCAGUUCUCACACAGUGAAGGGUGCCUCAGUCUGUUAAGACGACGAGUAUGUGUAGCAGCUGUGGAGACGGCCCGCCUCAAAGCAAAAGAAGUGUGUAAUGUGCUGGGACAGGCUCUGGGCCGCCCCCUCCUGGUCCGAGAAGAGGAUUCGCAGGAGUGGACGUGUGGCCAACAAGAGUCUGUGGCCCUCCCUCUGACACUACAGCAGAAAGUGGGCCAGAUGACUGUGUGGGCCUCAUCACGUGUGUUUGUGACAUUUGAACUGCGGCCUAAAGAUGGCACAAGGAAGAACUUAUGAAGUCCUCACUCCUGGUGAAAGUCCUGUAUAGAUGCUGGUCUUGGCAACCUCUGUCUUAAGGUAAAACUUCAGAUAACUUAAAGCAAUGGUUUGGUGAAAAAUCAAAUGCAUGCAAUUUACCUAAAGAUCAGUCAGAAUAUGCUUGGUCUAGAGAGUGUGUUCUUAAAGUAGUUGUAGCUAACAGGUAAGAAAAGCAUUUAAGCACAUUGACUAAUAAUGGACAAAAAGUCAAGAAGUCACUUUGUUAAAAAUGUUGGCAGUCAUGUUAAAGCCAGACUUGUUUGUAUUCUUGUCUAUGGUUACAGAUAACAGUAUAUCAUACAGUGUCAUAUAUCAAACCACUGUGAAUAACUUUGUUUACAUAAAUUAUACAGAAAUUUAGGAAAAGAAAUUGAAAUCCUUUUGAAAGAUGUGGCAUCAAAGCACAAUCUUUACCACCGAAGCCAUUCCAAAGAAAAAAAUGGAGGGAAAAAACAAACAAACAAACCAAUGACAUCACUGGUUUUGUGUCAAACAGAGGGAGGACUCAGCCCCCAAGAAUCAACCUGGUUCUUGGGAUAUCCACUCCCAUCCAUCAGCAUGCCCCAUUUUAAUAGAAUACUUCUUUUACAGUAAUAGAAUAUAGAAAUAGAAUAAAAAUGAAUAGAGUUAGUAGAACACAGGUUUGGUUUUGCACUUCUCACUACAUUCCUGUCAUUGCAUGGAUUUGCUAAAUUUCUUUAUCAAAUUAGUAAAGAAUUGAGUAGAUUAAGUAGGUAUUGGAUGGUAACUAAGUUAGAGGAGAGCUUUGGAAAUGGUUAAGCUAAUGGUUAACACACUGAUCAAAUUAUAAUGCAUUGUUUAUUGUAUUUAAUGUGAGGGUGUUUUUAACAGAUAAAUGAUUACAGCCCAGAUAAAUGGCAUUAGAUCUCAUUUUCUCAACUGCUUAAGCCUUUUGCACAGUACUGCACAUCAGCAAACACCGGACACCAAAUGUGUCUUAGCUGACUGAUUCUAUUUGGUGGAUGGGGAAAAUUGUGUAGAUUUGAUUUUUCACUGAAUUCUUGCUCUAAGUAGAAAGAUGAAUAUGAAUCUCAUGGGUCAUACAUCACUAAACAUUAACCUGUGGGAAAAGUAAAGUGGAAACCUCUGUUGGAUGGACCAAACAUGGAUCAAACGUAUCACUUUAAUCAGAAAUCAAAAAUUAAAAGCAGCAAGAGAGGUCAACUUCUUUAGAGCAGUGACUGAAAUAGGACAAGCUUUAGGCUACUUAGUUUACUAAAUGUCUUACUGAAAUGCUUCAUAUACUUUAACUGUGUUUUAAUACAUCUUAACUUUUAAGGAAAUUAAAAAUACAAUACUGUUGUACAACAUACAAAGAUUACAUGGACUGUAUUGCCUGAAUUACAUUCACACUAACCAGUGCAUGUAUGAUCAACACUGGUAAUUAAACAACGGAGAAGAAAUGUAAA